AUGUUUUUCAUCUGCUUGACCUUCUGGGUGGUCAUGGUCGUCGCGCUCUAUAGCCUUGGAGAAACAAGACAUAGUGUGAUCCUCUUGCGGAGAGCACGGACCCUACGACAGCAAACAGGAGACGAGAGGAUCGAAGUGCCGGAUGAAAUGAAGCAACGAGGACCGAAGCAACUGUUCACUACAGCACUCGCCCGCCCAUUCAGGUUCUUAGGCUCUGAGGCUAUCGUGCAAUUUGGUGCACUCUACAACGGGUUCCUUUACGGUUUGAGCUUCCUGUUCAACGGCGCCUUCCACAUGAUCUUCGGCCCAAACGGAUACGGUUUCGAUACUAUCGGCGUCGGUAUCUCAUUCCUGGGAAUUGUUGUUGGCAUUACGCUUGGUCUAGCUACGAACGUCUUACAAGAACGAUACUACCAAAAGCGGGUUUCGCAGGCCGGCCAUCGCGACGUCCCGGAGGCGCGAGUGCAUCAUGCGAAGCUGGCAGCGAUUGUGCUACCGGUGUCUCUUCUGGCUUUCGCACUCACCGCAACGCCGAACAUACACCCCUUCUUCGCAGUUCUCGCCAGCGCAUUCUGGGGAUGGUCAUUCUACACUCUCAUUCUCAUGACGCUCACGUACACCGAAGACGCCUACAAGACGUACUCAGCAUCAGCCCUUGCCGGGAUUGGACUCAUUCGGAAUCUUGCUGGUGCUGGAUUCCCACUUGUCGGAAGACACCUGUUCUUGAACGUAGGCACCAGGAACGCGAGUCUAGUACUGAUGGCAAUCGCCAUCUGUCUAGCGCCGAUACCAUUCGUGCUUGAGAAAAGAGGCGUAUCAUUACGCAAGAGAAGCCCAUGGGCGGCCGCGCAUGAAGAUGAGGACGAGAACAGCUGA